CCGGACCCGUCCACCAUGUUUGUGUAUGACUUCGACGCCGUCUUCACAUAAUACGCUCGCUAACACCUCGGGUCCAAAAUAAUCGCCCUGUAGCAUCUGCCCCAAUGCACUUAUCCAAACCUGAAAGGAAACAAACACUCUGAAGACAUCUGCCGUCCUCUGUGAUGGCGGCCAGUGCUCGAGAUGAGGAGUUUGACGAGUACGAUAAACCGGGAGCCGAGAGAUCGAGGAGACGAAGAGGUGGAGGAGGUGAUGAUGAUGAUGAUCUGGACAGUGAUCUGGAAGGCGACCUGCUGGAGGAGGACUGGCUUUCAUCCAAGAAGAACCCGUCAGAGCUGUCAGACGAAGAGCUUAAUGACGACCUGCUGCAGAGUGACGAGGAAGACCAGAACACCAGUGCGCAGGGUGCAGCGGUGAGCCUGAACGCUACGUCGGGUCUCAGCGAAUCCUUCGAGCUCCAGGAAGGAGAUGAGUACACAGCAGAGGAGUACAGAGUACAGGAGGAACAGGAAGGGGAGGAGUACAGGGCUGACGAGGAAGAGGGGAUGGACUGCACCACGGCAGGAAAUGAAGACGAAGUGCUGGAGCUGCAGAUUGACGAGCCAUUGGAUGAUGAAUUUCAAGUCGAGGACUACGGACCGGAGCCGCAGGAAGUGCAGCCUGACGGGCAGGAGAUGACUGAGGCAGAGGGGGCGGAGCCUGAGGAGGAAGUCGAGGACGUCUCCCAGGUUACAGAAGCAGAGGAGCUGGAGGCCGAACGCGAACCCGAGGCCGACGCGAAGGAAGAAUCCGACGAGGACGACGAGGACGACGGACGCGGGCGGCUGCGUUUCAAAACCGAGCGCAAAGACAGCACCGUGGUCCGUCUCUCGGACGCAGUCAGCAAACGCCGGAACAUUCCGGAAACACUGGAACUGACCGAAGAGGCCAAAGCAGACCUGCUGGAGUUUGAGGAAAAGGAACGGCUGAGGAAGCAAGGUCGCUUCGGUGGACGAGGGAGAGGAGGAGUAGGGGGAGGAAGAGGAGGAGGAGGAGGACCGCCCGCAUUCGGUUUGGGAGGAUUCCGUAAAGACGGAGGCGCAGGGCGAGGGAGGAUGAACGAAUCCAGACCUCCGCUGAUGCCAGUCAUGGGCAUGCAGCCCAGGAUGAUGUCUCCUCAGUCCCAUCGUCCUCAGCCCCGCCCCUCCGGUCCACGUGGAGGUCCCGGUCUUUUCCCUACGCCGCUCAUGCCGAUCCCCCAGCAGCAUCUGCAGUCCCUGAUGUCUUCACGCCCACCGGCACCACACCAGAGUCCGCAGCAUGAACUGCACCCGCCUCGCCCUCACGGACACGCACACGCACUUCCACACACACACUCCAACCAGCAGCAGCAGCAACAGCAGCAGCCCAAAAACAUUCACAUCAACCCGCAUUUCAGAGGCCCGGCGUCCUCCUCACCUGUGCAGGUUCCUUUGAUAUCGUCUGCUCCGAACCAGCCCAGACCCAACCUUGGCCCUCAAAGAUUCCCGGGCCCUGCGGAUUUCCAGCAGCACCUCCAGGGUAAUUUCCUCCAGCCUCAGAGACCCCCACCUCAGGAGCAGUGGAGAAGACCACCGCCGCCUCCCCACCAGGAGAGGGAGCCAUUCUACAGCAAUGAGCCACGAUUUCCAGCCCAGCCACUGUUUGAUCUCCCUGGCUCCGCCCCCUUGAUGAACAACAACAUCCUUCCUCUAUCCUUCCCUCAGCCGGGGCCAGGGUUCUGCCCCCCGGUCGGUGGAAUGUUCCAGCGAGACCUUCCUCCCCCUCGCCCCAACCUGCCCCCUCCUCAGCCAUCUCCCGCCCCGCCUGCACCCCGCAGCUUCAUGGGACCCAGACAGCCGUUUCCUCCACAGCAGCACAACGCCCCCUUCAGUCCUCAGCAUGCACCCUUUGGCAUGCAGGGCCUAAUUCAGCCACAUCCUCAGCAGCAGCAGCACCAUGACCCUCCCCCACAUCCACAUCAUCACCCAAUGCACCAGCAGCAGCAGCAGCACAGACAGGAAGGUCCUCCUCUGCCUCAUAAUCAUCAUCGCCAGCAUCAGCACCAGGAGCAGCAUCCCAUCAUGCACUUCUCUCACCCGCCCUUCCGUCAGCCCAUUCCAAGUGGACCCAGACAGAUGAAGCCUCGCCCACAAAACAACAUGGGUGGCUUGAGAAUGGGGUCUCCUUCAUCCAUGCAACACCUCCAAAGCUUCCCUCAGCGAAACAGUAACUUGCGUGAGCUCCCCGUCGCCCCCGGCAACCCCAACCCCAUCCGUCACCAUCAGCCUAGGCCUUUGACCAGGCCUGGGCAGGGAGGCGGGGGAGAAGACAACGGGCGAGGGCGUGGUCUCCCUAAAACUGUCCCACCUCCAGCCACCUUGGAGAUGAAGAAUAAAAUACCAGCUGCACAGACGAGCACACCUGUACAAAAAAACAUGCCAAACAGACCUGCACAGGAUGAUGAUGAUGAGGAUGAGGAGACACGUCAGUACAGGCUGAAGAUUGAGGAGCAGAAGCGACUACGUGAGGAAAUCCUUAAACGUAAGGAAAUGCGCAGGCAGAUGCAAGCAGGCGCACGAAAAAAGGAGCUGCUGGAGCGCCUCGGUGGACAAGCAGUACCUCAAACACCCCCAGUGCAGACUCAAUCCACCCCGACUCAACCCCAAUCCACCCCGACUCAACCCCAACCCAUCCCGACUCAACCCCAAACCAUAACGACUCUACCCCAAACCAUCCCGACUCUACCCAAAAACAUCCCGACUCAACCCCAAACAAGCACAACGCCCCCAUCAGCCACCCCCAACGGCAUUAAAUCCCGCCUACAGAACCCCAGCGUAGAGCAAAAGCAGCGCCCACAGAACCCUCAGAGACACGUUCCACAGCUCCCGAGCUCCAACAUCGACGUCACUGCUCCUCCAGCAGAGAAGAAGAUUGCACCGAUCCAGGCACAAGCUAACAUUGUGAGGAAGAGGACGGUCAUGCAGCGUGUUAACACCGGCGGCCUCGCCUCACCUCAGAUCCCACAAAAAGUGCGAGUUGUUAAACGACUAGCGGGCGGAGAGGAGACUCCACCCCUCCAGAAUCAGCCGCUGCAGAUGAUUGGACGAGCCACUCCUCAGCAGAGACCGGGCACCACCAGGAAGGUCACGGUGCCAGCGGCUGGACCACAACAACAGCAGCAAAACCAGCCACCGCCGCCGCAGCAGCCGCCUGAAGUGAACCAGAGUAACCGGGUGGUGGUUUCUGGGCGUGGGCGUGGGCGUGGUGUUCGUGGCGGUCGGAUGAUGCCUCCAAACAGACAGAGUACACGGAGUGUGGAGUCUCAGUCCAGCACGGUGUCUAUAGACGGCCUGUCAUCCUCUACCACAGAGAAACAGAUCAAAAACCUUCUCAACUCCAUCGGUCCCAUACAGAUGUUUAAGAUGAUGCCGCAGCAGAGGAAAGCCAUUGCUAAGUUUGUGAAUCCUCAGCACGCUCUGAGUUUCCAGCACAGCUUCCACAGGCAUAUGAUCGAUCUGUCCCACAUCGACGUGACCAUUUUGGACAGCUGAGCGGACGGACGGACGAUAGAACGAUCAGCACGAAGCCGAGAGGUGACAUUGGGCUCCGGGAUCGAGGCCACGUUUUCCUCGGAAGCUCUCAAAACACUAAAGCGAAUCUCGGAGGAAGUAACGUGAGGAGAAAAAAAAACACCAAACGACUCGGAUUUUAAUCGUCCACGGUUUCACCGAGAGCACCUGUUCUUGCUUUGUGUUAUUUACUCCGGUGAUUAUUCCCAAAACUUAGUGAAAGUCACUCUGACUGUAGAGACGCUGUUAUUGUUAUUGUUUUCUUUUGACUGAACGAUCAGCAAGUGAAAGGUGAGAGAGGCUGCUUUUUUUUUAAGUGAGACCUGCAGCGCUCGAUAUUGGUUGCUCCUGUCCUCCUCGUUUACGCUUUCACAUGCUUCUGGACAAGAUCGCUCAUGCUGGAGUUGUAGUUCUUUUUUUGCCACCACUAGAGGGCAGCAGAAACUGGGUGUAAGAGUUUGUUCAGGUGUGACGUAGCUGUAGUUCAUAUUUCAGCACAUUUAUCCCAAUACAACACUUCACUCAGCUUUUAGCAGCCACACGUUUAUUUUAGAGUUCUGAUUGCAGGUUUAAAUGCCGACUUUAUUCAUUUUAUCAUCAAACUAAAAAAUAAAAGUCUACCUUUAAAUUAAACAAAAGAAACGCUAUUACAGAUUCUAUAGUAAAACACCGGCGAUAGUUUCGAUUUUCUUGUGACAAACCUUUCCACUUACUCUACAGCAUGUUACCAUGUGCUCAUGUUUGCCGAGCUCACAGCAGAAAAGCCACAGAUUGAAAUUUUACCAGCUAGCAUCAUGUGCACUUAGCCAUAGCUCUGUUUCAGUUUGUUCGAUAUGGAGACUAUUGUGUUCUUUCUUUCUUUCUUUUUUUUCUCUCUCAUUCACUUUUUUUUUUUUAACACUAGCACGGCUCUGAUUAGCUACGAAGCUCUGCAUUCUGAAGAAAUAUAAUGCUAACACCGCUAAUUUUAUUUCAGGGUUUCAUUCGUUCUUCAUUUCCUUGAUAACUCCGUAGUAAUGGCCUCUCUGUCGUUUCCUUCACAGCCCCAGCGUUAGAUUUAGCUCUGAAGUUUUUAGCUUGUGUCGCAUCUAUACAUCACGUUAGCGUCUGGAGUCUGAAGCGUUGUUAUUGUUGUGUUAGCUCUGUGCUAAACUAGACUGGAGAGGUGGAUUUGUGGAUGGGUUUUUUUUUGUGCGCGUGUGAAGUUUUUUUCUGAGGUAAAAAUCUCCCUGUUUUUAUGCGUUUGUUCACUCUGUUGCUUAAGUGCGCUCUUCCAUUCCCUUGCUGUGAAGGAUUGUUAUGUUAGCUCUGCUAACUUGCAUUACAAGCAAGUAAACAUUUCUGUUCUUCCCCCUCUCUCUCUCUCUCUCUCUCUCUCUCUCACACACACUCUUUAUUCUUUAUUUAUCUUUACCCAUGGCUUUUUUUAUGAUGUACUUCAUUUUCUUAGUUGGAUUAGCUUGCUAGCAUUGCUAACUACUUUGAAAUGAUCAGAUGUUGUAUUUUUCCACCGGACUCUCGAGGUUGUAAAAGCUGGAGUUGUUUUGAAGUUCUUGCAUUUUCUUUCUUUUUCCGUUUCCUCCCGGAUGUCUUUGCUAACUCGUGCUGCCAUCAGUACAACAUGAGUUCUCAUGUUUUCCUCUGCCUUGAAUGGAUGAUUCAUUAAAAUUCUUCCACUUCCUCACAGCUUCCUCAGCGUGCACUAGCUAGUGUUUAUUGCUGACUAGCGUCGUGGCAGUGUUUCCUCCUCCAGCUCCGCUGUUUAAAAUAUACAGAUGUGAUUUUGCGCUGCGUUACCACACCGUUAACGCCAAGCUAUUACUCCUAUGUGUUUCCCUUUAUUUUAAUGAGCGUCACUUUAUCUUUCAUUCUUAGCGAUUAGCACAGAAGCUGCCCUCGUCCUCGUUCCUCUAGCCGUUAGCCUUUCAGCGGUUCACUGUUCUGCGCUUGUCCAGGAGUAGCUGUGUGUCGGGAGCAGCCGCUAUCAGCGCUUACGCUCAUGUGAAUAAGACCAGCUUAAAUUGGACCUUUUUGAGGAACUUUGUGGAAGUCUUUUUUUUUUCUCUCUCUUUUGUUUCUUUCUUUACCUAAAUAUUAGAAUUUUCAAAUUGUUGUUUAUUUGUACCAAAACACAUCAUUUGCUGAAUUGUUUUAUACAUUUUGUUUGGAGAAGCAGGCUUAGGCCAAAGUGUUGAUCUUUGGCACGCUUAUUAAUAUGAUGAUUUGAAGACGUUUUAAAGAUUAAAAAAAAAACAGAAAAGAAAAAAAA